GGCGUGGAGGCCAUCCGUCGGCCGACCGACGCCGUGGAGGCCAUCUGCCGGCUCCCCCUCACCUACAAGACCACGGCGCCCCUCCCCCUCGAACCCUAGGACGCCCCUGCCUCUUCCCCCUUCCUCCUUGCGCCGCGCCUCGCUCUCCCUCGACGCGCCCGCUCGCCCGAGCUCGCGUACGCCAUGGCUGUCGACGCCAUCGCGGCCACCGUGCUCCCCACGCCGUACGAAUUUGUCUCGAAGCAUCCUCGUCGUCGUCUCCUUCGUCCCCGGCCAUUGAAUCAAGCCGGGAGGGCCUGUACGCUCGCCAUCAAGCUCGAGUCAUUCGCGUACAUCGCCGGCCGCCAUCGCCGAUUGCCUCGUCUCCGGUCCACCUCAGGCCUCCUCGUCACUUCCGUUGGAACCGUUGAACGUGGAGAGAUGGUGGGCUCCAAGCCCAUGGUGAUUUUAUUGUGCUUGCAGCUUGAGAUGUACUUGGUCCAAAUGAAAAUCAUCAUUUUGAAGGGCAACUUCGCAUGGAAUUAGGAUCACUUAAUAAGGUUCUGGUUUCUUUUUCAAAUUCACUUGCUUUAUGCAUGAACCUAUUAUAGACUUGUUGGUGUUGAUUUGCAGUAAGAGCAAAUGUAAUAUUGUUCUCAUCAAUUUCUUUCAUAGCAUGUGUAAUGCGUUAUAACAUCAGUUUCAUUGGAUUGGAGAAGGUGAUAAACAUGCAACCAUUCUUACUCGAUGAUAUGAAUACUUCAGGAGCAAUGGUGGCAUUUGUUUGCACAUUAGUAUUCCAUUAUGUAGUAAAGGAUAUGGUCUGGUAGUCAUUCUUUAUCGUUAUAGUUAUUGUCAAAUGGUGGAAUAUUGCUGCCUAGCAGCUCUGGUUCAUGCGUGUGUGAAAAACAAUGUAAAACCAUUUUUGUUGCUGUAGAAUCUCAUGAGUCGUAUGAAAAAGAAGGCUAGGAUAUUUAUAUUUUUUAAUUGUCCAGCUGCUUGUGUUACAGAUCUGGGCAUACCUUUUGUUUGAGAUAAAUUUGGGCAUAAAUUGUCACAAAUAAAUGGGUGGCGUUGGGUCAAGGUUCAGGAACCCAGGGGCAUCAUGCUUCUUUUGAGCCACAUGGGGAGAAUUACAUCCAUGUAUUAGAAAAACUAGGUGCCCGCUUAAACAGAAAAAAAUACAACUCUUGCUGACCGGGAGCUUCAUGGUAGUGGCUAGAAUUUAAUCAGAGAUCCAUGUACAGGUUGAUUGUUAUGAAACCAUGCGAUGGAAUCUUGAUGUUGACAAUGUCCAGAAAUCUGAUUCGUCAGAGACAAAAUCCAACCUUAAUUCCCCCAUUCAGAUCAUGAAAUAUUGGGGUUAACAGUUUGCGAUGUAAGAUGGGUUGAGAUCUGCUAUACGUUAACUUUCUUUUGUUCAAAUGUUUUCUUUUGUUUUGAAACCUUAAUGUUUUCUGUUGUGGGGUGACAAUGUCUGGGUUUAUGCUAACAAGCAAGAAAAAGGUUAUAUGCAAUGAGUUCCCAAUCUUGAAAUAUUGAAAUAUUGAAGCAUAUCUUGGAACGAUGGAGUUCCCAAUCUUCAUGGUAGAUGAUGGGACACUGGAUGCUGAAGUUGCUUAUUGUCUCGCGUAGAACAAUAGCAUGUCCUUAUUUUUUGCUAUGUUUUGCCCAUGUUGAUUACGAUGGCAUUGUUUUGAAC